AUGGCCACUGCUAUCGUAUUCGGUCCCACGGGCAACAUCGGAUCCGUCGCGGCACGCGCUGCUCAGGAAAAUGGAGCCAAAGUCUGGCUGGCGAUGCGUGAUACCACGAAAUCGAUACAAGGCCUGAGCGAGGAAGACGAAAAGAAAGGCGGCUUUCAAAGAGUCACAGCCGACAUGACCAAGCCCGAGACUCUUGCAGAGGCAGUCAAGAAGUCUGGAGCGACUCGUGCCUACACUUACCUGACCUGGGGCACUUCAGACCAUAUGAAGGGAUCCUUCCAAACGCUCAAGGAUUCUGGCAUUGAGUUCCUCGUCUUCUUGAGCAGCUCUUCGGUCCAAGGUGACCCAAAGGCCAUCCCACCAAGCGAAUUCAUUCCAUUUUUCCACGCGCAGGCAGAGCUAAGCCUGGACGAUGUGUUCGGGUCGAACUACGUCGCCAUUCGGCCCGGGCGCUUUGCAAGCAACUUGCUUUGGGACAAGGCCGACAUCAAUGCUGGAGAGGUGAAGCAGUUUGGUGGCGAUUUCAAGAUGGACUUCAUCACUCCUACAGACAUGGGUAGGGUGAGCGGUGCCAUCCUGGCAGCCGGGGCCGCGAAAGAUGGACAGAAGAAGGUUUACCUCUACGGCCCUCAGAUCACGACGGGAGCCGGAGGCAUCAAAACGGUCGCCAAAGUUCUGGGCAAGGACGUCAAGAUCACUGAAAUCAGUGCGGAAGAAGGCCGGCAGCAAUCGAUCAGCCGCGGAACACCGCCACCGGUUGCGGACUACCUGAUCUCGAAGAUGGAGGAGGGGCCAAGCAAGGAAAAGGAGCUCGUCGAGGGUGACGAGUUGUACACGACCGGUGUCAAGAACAUCGAGCUGUACACUGGGAAGAAACCGAUGAGCCUUGAGGAAUGGGUGGGAGCAAACAAGCAUCUGUUUGCAGCGUAG